AUGGAUCCUAAUGCUUGCAGAAAUUUUCCAGUUUUUUAUAUUAAAAAUAAAGAAUCAGUAACUAUAGAUAAUGAUGUUUUAUCAUUGAGCAUAAAAAGAUUUGAAGAAUAUAUUAAUACAUGUUUUAGUUGUUUGCCCUAUAAUGAAUUAAAAUCUGAUAAUGAUAGCAAAUUUUUGAUUGAAAAUUUUUGUGAAUUUUUUGUUUUUUACAACUGUGAUACAAUAAUAUGUUCAAUAAUUGAAAAAAAUUGUACAAUUAAAACAGUUGAUUUUUUUGAAAAACUAGAAGUUAAAAUAAAUAAUAAUGAAUUCAAAAAUGGAGAAGAUUUUUUAAAAUUUUUUACAUGUAUAUGGGAUAAUUUUACUUCAGUUAUAAUUCAUAUAUCAGAUGUAUUAAAAUCGUUUAGUUCUUAUAAUAAAAUUACAUGUUCAAAUUUUUAUUCUCCUUCUUAUAUAUUUAAUGAGUUAUGGAGAAAAUAUACCAACGAUUUUGUUAAUAUAAAAAAUUAUAUGAUUGCUAGUGUAUGUGAAUAUUUAAAAUGGGAUAAAAUAUAUUGCGAACAAAAUUUUUAUGAAUAUAUAUGCAUGAAUAUAUACGAUAAUUCUGCAGAUAUUAAUAGAAAUAUAGAUAACAUUAUUGAUAAUAGUCAUAUAAAUAAGAGAAAAAAUUGCAGUAAUUUGUUAAAAAAUGAAGAAAAUAAAAUAAGAGAGAAUGAUCAAAAUAAUUUAGAACAAAAAGAACGUGAAGUAAGUAAUAGUUGUAGCUUCUAUUCAGAACCCAUUAAAAAAGAGAAUAAUACAACUAAUAAAAUUAACAUUAAAAAUAAUAAUGACAUAGAUAAUAUGAAAAAUAAAAAGGUUUUAAAAAUAAAUGAUAAGCUAUUAUCUAUGAGCUUAAAGAUUAUAGAUAUAUUAGGUUUAUAUGAAGAAUUUGAAAAAGCAUACACAAAUGAAACAUAUAUGUACUAUAAAGAAAAAAUAGAAUACAAUUGUAAGCAUAAAUUAAAAACAGCAGAUGGUAAGGAUGAUGAUAAUUAUGAUUUGCCAAUUGAAAUAGAAAAUUACUUAUGUCAUGAACAAAUGAGGAGCCAUAAAUUUUUAAAAGAAGAAACUGAAAUUUCUAUUUUAAAAAUGUUAAAAGAUCUUUUAAUUGUUGAGCAUAAAGAUAUUUUAUUUAGGGAUUCAUAUAUAAAGUAUUGUAUUAUUUUUGAAAAAUAUGAUCCACUAAGAAUAUUAUAUUUAUUUUCUAUAAAUUUGAAUACAUCUGAUGAAUUUUGUAAUUUAUUUUUUAAUUCAGUAGAAGCGUUGGGUGUAGAACUUAUUAACGAUUUAAUUAGUAAAAGAAAUAAUAUAAAUUUAUUAAAUGAAUCAAUUAUUGAUCUGAUAAAUUUUAAAUUAAAUAUUGACAGAAUUAUUAUCAUGCCAUUCAGAUAUUCUACAAUUUUCAUGAAGAAAUGGAAGGAAGUAUUUGAACAUUUUUUAAAUAAAGGUAUGUAUGCUGAAAAUUACAUUCCUGUUAUACUUAGUAUAUAUUUAAAUAAUUUAUUAAUGAUGUAUAAUGCAUGUAUAAAAAAACUUCGAAAAUAUUAUUUAUUAAACAAAAAACUAAUGAAUGAAAAAAAUAUUAAAGAUGAUAUAAUCUUUGAAAAAAAAUGGAAUAGAUACUACAAUGGCGAAGUAACUGAUAAUGAUGGUCAUUACACAAUUACCACGGAUAGUGAUAACUUAUUUGCAAUAAAAAAAUAUUUAAAAAAAAGAAAAAAGAAAAGAAGUGUUUUUGAUUUAAAUAUUAAUAAUAGUAAUCUUGAUGAAAUAGAUCAGUAUUUAUUCAAAAUAGAAAAAUUAUUUAAAAAAUAUCAUGAAAUUGGGAAAAAUAUUAUGAAUAUAAUAACAAUUAUUCUUAGUCUUUUUAGAUAUAUAAGUGAUAAAGAAAAAUUUGAAAAAUAUUAUAGAACUUUUAUGUGUAAACGAUUAAUAAAUGAUUCAAAUUUUAAUAUUAUUUUAGAUAUUAAAGUUUUUAAAACAUUAAAAAAAGAAUGUGGUGCUCAAUUUACUAAAAAAAUUGAAAUAAUUUUAAGGGAUAUGAAAUUUACAUCAAAAGCUAUGCUUAAAUUUUAUCAAGAUUUACCAGAUAAUUCAAUACAAUUAUUAAAAAGAAAAAGGUAUUCUGUAAAUAUUAUUUUUAAUGAAUCAUGGGAAUAUGAAAACAUAGAAAACAAUAUUAUUUAUCCACAGAUGAUAAAAUUAUGCAAUGAUUUUUUUUUUGAAUUUUAUAGAAAGUGCAACAAAGCAAAAAACAUUCAAUUUUUACCUUCUUUAGGUUUAUGCACCUUAAAAGUAAACUUUGGAAAAAUAAAAAAAAAAUACAUGAAUCUUCAAGAUAAUAUAAAUAAUUUUGAUAAAAAUGACAACACACAUGAUAAGAAUUUCUGCGAUAGCAAUUUAAAAUCUAAUAGUAUCACCAAUUAUAAGAAGAAAAAAAAAUUUCAAUUUACAGUGACUAUAUUACAGGCUAUUGUUUUAUUAUUAUUUAAUGAAAAAUAUGAAUACAAUAUAGAUGAAAUAAAAAAUUUAACUGGGAUUCCAAAUGAAAAUAUAAUACGUUACUUAAAACCUCUAUACAGCUUAGAAGAAACAAAUAUUUUAAUAUAUGACGAAAUAAAUCAAACUUUUAAAUUAAAUUUUUCAUUUCGAUCAAACAAAAAAUACUUAAUAGUUAAUUAUUCAGAUAUAAUUUAUAAAGAUCAUUCAGUUAUUCCUGCUUUAACGCAGGAGGAUAAUGAAUUAGAAGACAAAAGUUUACAUAUUGAUGCAGCUAUUGUUAAAUAUUUGAAAACUAAUGGAAAGUCAUCAGAAAGAAAAAUAUGCACUUUUGUUAAAGAAAAGAUGAAUAUAAGCUCAAAUGAACAAAUUAAAAAUAGAAUAACUUCUUUAUUAAAUAGAGAAUUUAUAUUUUUUAAAAAUAAUGCAUAUUACUAUGAAGUUUAA